CUUGGAUUCAGUGGUGAACAGCGCCGAGCGGUACAGCGAUCGAUACACUCCUAUCCGCGAGUCUCCCAAUUGGGACAUCAGAUUCACUAUGAUUCAGGAUGGCUCCAAAUCAGUGUCGGCUAAGAAGACGGCCAAAGAGUCGAUAUCGGAGAGCAAUAAGGACGGCAUCGCAUACCAGUGUCUUCUGAAGAACGAAUUACUGGGCGCUGGCAUUGAAGACAUGAAAGAGCACACAGAAGAGCGCAAAAUCUUUCUGCCCCUCGAAAGCAAAAACCUAUUUCGGUAUCGGGUGCGAGAGAGCGAUAGUCUGAAUGAGCCGACGAGUCCGUACUCACUGUCGCCGGUGAGCAGCAAAAGCCAG